GUUAUCCCUAAGCAUUCCAAAAGAAAAGAAUUGCAGAAAUGGAAAACAUGAUAAAAAGCAAGCAGCUUGUGAUAUUGGGGAUGAUCGGAGUUAUAGUGUUUUGGAGUGAUGUUGUUGUAGGGCAGUGCGCUGACAUGAAGGGCCUCAUAAAACAAUGUGGGGUGUAUGUUGAAAAGUCAGGCCCUCUGAUGAAUCCCUCAAGAACGUGUUGUGAAGAGAUAAAGAAUGCAGAUGUUGAAUGUGUGUGUAAGAACUUAACCAAGCCAAUCCUGCAGAAUAUUGAUAUUCAGAAGCUGCAUUAUGUCGCAGACUCAUGUGGAAGGCCAAUAGGCAAGUGUGGAGAUGUACAUGAAGUUGAAGCAGCAGAUAGACCUAAAACUGAUGAUAUAAACUGGCCUCCAGAAUUUAUGGAAUCCGAAGUUCCACCUAAAACUGAUGAUAGAAGAUCGCCUCCAGAAUUUAUAGAAUCCCAAGUUCCACCUAAGAAGCAAUCUACUCGAAGGCUUUCACCACCUAAACCGAAUUUGAAGUCAUCUGCUCAGUUCGUGGAAAAUGCAGAUCCACCAUCUGAUGUUGAUUAAUCACAUCUCUGUUACCUUCCCAAUGGACCAACUUAUAUUAUACCUCAAUCAUCCCUUUAAUUAGUAACCUCAUAAGCUUUAAUUAUCAUUAUUAUUAUGGAAUAAAUCAAAUACACCAUGUGUAAUCUUGUAUCACUUUCAUCAUCUUAUAUAUCAACAACGAUCAUAUA